AUGGUUUUUGAGUUCAAGAACAUCCACACAAAGAUUGAUGAGAACUACUCUGACCUCAACAACAAAUUCUUACAACUUGCCUCUCACUUCAAGGCUUUGGAGAGUCAAGUUGCUUCUAUGCCUUCAUCCCCCAAGCAGCCAAUGGGGUCUCUACCAGGGAAACCAGAAAAGAACCCCAAGGAGUCUUGCAAUGUUGUCUUCUCCACUACUUCUUCAGAGAUUGAGCUGAGUGAUCAUGAGAAAGAGGAAGAUGAGAUUGAAAGAAUGGUAUUUGGAACUGAGUUUGGGGAAGAUGAGAGAUUUGUUGUGGCCACAGCUGAAGCACAGAUUGUGAAGGACGCUGCCAGGAAGAUUGAAGCAACGAAUCUGCAAAGAGCUGAGCACAAGGCUAAGAAACAAGUUGAGAAGAGAGCUGACAACAAGCUGAAAGAGGUUAAGCUAGAGGAAGCCAUUGAAGUUGAGCUAUCACCCUAUGAUAAGCUCCCUUUCCCCCCCAAAGAGUUCUCAUCAAAGCUCGGAAGAAGGCUUCAAGAAAUCUCGGGUAUGCGUGAAGCUUAUGUCCAGAUGAUGCUCAUCAACGACAUUCUAGACCACCAAACUGAAAUGGCCGAGCUUUUGGACAUCUCCAUUUUGAAGAUUGGUCCACCAAUCCCUCCAAAGUCCUUCCCUAAGCUUGAGUCUCAAGGGAUGUUCACCUUGCCUUGCUACCUUGGUAAGCUCACUUUUGAUGAUGCUCUUGGAUUGAGAGCAUGGAGCCAAAAACAUCUUCCCUACAGUUUGGAGAUUCCACUUCUACAACUCCUUGGUCUCAUCAAGGACUUCCCUUUGAAGAUUGGAGCGUGCACCAUUCCUAUAGACCUCACUGUUCUGAAGAUGGCAACUGAGAAGAGAGUCCCAUUGAUCCUUGGCACUUCAUUCCUCACAACAGUGGGAGCUUGCAUAGACUUUGCCAACAAAAAGGUCACACUCCUAAAUGUGAACAAAGCUGUCUCCUAUCCACUACAAUCCCCAAAGAUGAAUGCUGAGUGUUGUGGAACAAUCACUUGUGGAGCAUCCUCCAUUGAGAAGACCAAGGCUGAAGGGAAGGAGGUGAGUAGAGUCACAAAGGCUGCUCAUGACAAGAAGAAGAUUGUGAAAGAACCUCAUCCUCCACCUCUUGAUAAGACUCCUCACAAUCUCACUCUCCACCCAAUUGAGCUUAAGGAUGGGGCCAUUGAGUACAAAAUCAAGUGCAAGGGAAGGUCUAAGCCAUUCUCAAGUGCAAGGACCAUCAUCACUCCUCAGCUCCAGAAUGAUCCAAUCAAGCUUCAAGAGCUUCUCUCCCACGUCCUCACCAUCACUCUUGAAGGUGGGAAAGACCCUCCUUCUCACUAG